AUGAUCCUGACGCUCAUGAGAAGUUUCAGAGGCUCAAGACAUCUUACGAGGUACUCAAAGAAAAGAAAGCGUGAGAAACAAGAAAAGAAGCCGCAAGUGGAUUCCAAGAGGCGUAAGAUGAUGUCUGAUCUAGAGGAAAGAGAGCGUUCUGGUUUGGCUAGGGGUUGUGUUGAAGAGGAGAGAAUCGCGAGGAAGCUUAAGGAGGAAGUGGAUAAGAUACGUGCAAGACACGCAAAUAUGAGUGGUGGUGUAGAUGAAAAGAGAAAAGAAGUUAGAAGUAGAGCUGGUGCUAGUGUUAAGCUUGAUAAUAAGGAGAGAGUGUUGAAUGAUGGGUUCAGGCCUUCCACCUUAAUCCUUCCAGGCCCGGAACCAACCUGCGUCUAUACCUUUUACGGUCCUGGACACUGUUCUCCGUCCGAGACUCGAACUUGUGACCUCUCAAACAAUUGCCUGAGGUGUUACUAG